CUCAUCCCACCGCUCUCGUCUCCGCUGGCGAUUCAUCUCCAUUCCCCAAUAGCCCUCUCCACUUUUUGUCGCCUUCUUCCUCUCUUCUUCCAUCCUCUUUAAGCUCUCCAUGGCCUCCCGCCUUCCAUAAAUACACCUCCUCUCCCCUCUUUCCAACUCCCCCACUAUUGCUUUCCCACUCCCUCACCGUCUCCUCUGCCAUUUCGUUGAUUGGUUCUUGGAUCGAAUUUGUUUGCGUUUUCCAAUACGAGGAAAAUCCUGUUGUUCCAAGACCCCUUCUUCGGCAAUCUCUUCGAUUUCUUGAUAGUUCCAAUAACAACCCAUCUCCGGCAUUCAUGAACUCUAACUCUUUCUUCCGCAGAAUCCACCUUCUUCAAUCCUUCUCCGUUGUAUUCCUGUACUUCUUCUAUGUGAUCUGCUGACCUAACCCUAGUCAUAUACACGAUCGUUUCGCAAACUUUUAGAUGUCGACGGAGGAAGAAAGGCGGCUCGAUUUUGAUGAGAAGAAGCGGAAACGGAUGCUCUCAAACCGUGAAUCAGCGAGGAGGUCUCGGAUUAGAAAGCAGAACCAUUUGAAUGAUCUCGUGAGUCAGGUGGGUAACCUACGGGAGGAGAAUAGCCAGAUCUUGGCGCAGGUGAAGUUGAGGAGCGAGUGGUCCGCUAGGGUUGAGGCCGAGAACAGUGUUAUGAGGGCCCAAGUGAUGGAGCUUACGGAGAGGCUUCGGUCCAUGAACUCGCUGCUUGGGUUUCUAGAGGCUUCGAGCAGCAUGGUAAUGGAGAUCCCUGAUCCGCUCCUCAAGCCAUGGCAGCUCCCUUGCCCGGCGCAGUCAAUUAUGGCAUCGACCACUGUUUUCCGACGUUGAAUCGGUUUGUUGGCUUAUGUCUGUUUCUGUUCAAUUUUGUAAGUUUUAAAGUGUUCAGAAAGCCCUUUGAAUCUUUUUUUGAUUUCAAACUUAGUCGUUAAAUGUUGCCCCUUUGGUAUUUUAAUAGUUUAAUGAAUGUAUUCUUCUGGUUUAAUUAGGCUGUAAUCCUUAAUUCGGUCAGAUGCUGGUUUUAGCUUCUCAGAUGCUUCUGUAUGCUGAUUUGUACUCUAUUAGGAGUGGGUUCUGUUAUUUGUCUCAAAACUAAGAUCAAUCUGUAAUUGUACUGGUGAUCUAUGAUUCAGCAAGGGAAGGAGAUG